UUCAGUCAGUCGGAAUUUUUUCAAUCAGUUGAUACGACGCAUGAGACCCCUCCAACCCCAACCCCGACCCCGACCCCUCCUCCUCGUCGUCGUCCUCCUCGCCGUCCUUGCUGCGGCUGCUCAUGCUUGCCCGAUGGAGCGCUGCGACACUGGGCUGAGCGGCUUUGCGUCUGGCGAUGGGCUGGCGCUCGGCGCGAACGGUGCCAAGGUGCUCUGGUUUGUGACCGACCACUCGACCGCGAUCGGCGAGAUUGACAGCGGCUGCGUGGCCAACGGGGGUGCUGCCGUGUGCGCCUGCAACGGAGCGUUCAAUGCGGACCGACUGAUGAGCCUCAACCCGGCGAACGGGUCGGUGCUGUUCGACCUGCCCGACCUGUCGUCGAGCGCCGUCACGCUGCCGCUGCUCGACUACACUGGCGGCACCAUUGGCUGGGACUCGCACUCCAUCGCCCGCUGCGAAGGCACGGGGAUUGUCGACUGGGCUGUUCCGCUGCUGCCCGCGCCGGCUGGCCGAGUGUUCUCGCCCAUGAUGAGCGACUCGGGCGUGAUUAUGCUCCUGUCCGACGACGGCGGCGUGACGGGCAUGUACGCGAACGGCGUUCCUGAUGCCCAUGUGACGCUCAAUGUCACUCGCAGCGGCGUCCAGGGCUCGUGGAUUCCGCUCGGCAUGCCCAGCGGCGUCGGCACUGUUGCCUACGCUGCAACGCGCUGGCUCCCGGAUUCGGGCGAUGCGCCAUACCCAUACGUCGGCAGUCUCGUUGCCAUUCAAACGUCCGGAGCAAUUGGCGGUCGCUUGCAGCCCGUCUGGAAUCUCGAGUACAAUCUCCACCCGCUCAGCUUCAACAACACGGCCUUCACCAUCCCGCUGGUGGCGGCCGACGGCGCUCUGAUUGUGCUGGCGGCUGCAUCGUCGGAUUUGUACCAGUUCUCCGUGCUCAUUAUCGAGGACAAGACCGACCGAGGCGUGAUUCGCUCCCGCAUCGACCUCUCCUGGUCUGACACGCUGAGCGGCCAGAUUGUCCAGGACGCCGUGCUCGACCAUGCGUUCACGGGCUCGACGAGCGGCAAAGAAACCUCGCUUUGGCUGACCUUUGCCGACUCCUCGGCACUGGUGCGCAUCGAUGUCAUUGCCGGCAAGGUCGUCUCGACCAUCGACCUGAACCAUCAGUUUGGCACGGCGCUGCAGGGCGCUCAGGCCAUGUCGCGCGCACUUGCGUUCAGCAUGCAGAACAGCACGGCCAACGUGUUUGGUCUGGUCUUUGUGUGUCGCCUGCCGUCCGGCCAGCCGCACCUUGUCGCCUUGCAGCUCCCGACCGACAUUCCCGCCACAACUGCUCCUCAAUACCUGUGGUCGGUUCCUCUGCCAGAGCUCGGCAACAGCCCUCAGUAUGCCAUCUGGGGCCAAAUUGCUGCCGCAACGCUCCCCGCGCCCUCCAAUUACGGCAUGCUCUUGCUUCUGCCGAGCUCUGUUGGUUUGUACGGCAUUGGCGUUUCGUUGUAGCUUGACGGUUUCCCCCCCCCCCCUUUUUUUUUUUCCUCUGGAGGGCUUGUGAUGAUGAUGAUGAUGAUUUCGUGCACCCCCUUCGUUGCCUUUGUGAAUAUGAAUAUGAAUUGAUCCUGUCUGAA